GAUCUCUAAUCCAAGCAACAAAAUGGAUUCAGAAAUCGCUUUCGACAGAUCUCCGGCGUUUCGAGUCUACAAGAGUGGCCGCAUUGAACGUCUCUUAGGAGAAACAACCGUCCCACCAUCUCUAACACCACAAAACGGCGUCGUCUCCAAAGAUGUCAUCUAUUCACCGGAGAAAAACCUCUCCCUCCGCAUCUACCUACCUGAGAAAGUAUCCGACGUCACCGUUAAAAAGCUCCCAAUCCUCAUCUACUUCCAUGGUGGUGGUUUCAUCAUAGAAACAGCUUUUUCUCCAACUUACCACACUUUCCUCACAUCUGCCGUCGCCGCCGCUAACUGCUUAGCGAUCUCAGUAAAUUACCGCCGUGCACCGGAGUUUCCGAUUCCGAUUCCAUACGAAGAUUCAUGGGAUUCUCUCAAAUGGGUUUUAACUCACAUCACCGGAACCGGGCCGGAAACUUGGAUAAACAAACACUGCGAUUUCGGAAAAGUGUUUCUGGCCGGAGAUAGCGCCGGUGGAAACAUCGCACAUCAUCUUACGAUUCGAGCGGAAAGAGAGAAACUUGAAAAUGUGAUCUCAGGGAUAAUCUUGAUUCAUCCAUAUUUUUGGGGGAAGACUCCAAUUGAUGAAUUUGAGGUUAGAGACGUGGGGAAGACGAAAGGUGUUGAAGGAAGUUGGAGAGUCGCUAGUCCGAAUAGUAAAGAAGGAGUUGAUGAUCCAUGGCUCAACGUUGUUGGAUCCGAAUCAUCGGAUCUAUCCGGAUUAGGUUGCGGGCGGGUUUUGGUAAUGCUAGCUGGAGAUGAUGUGUUUGUGAGACAAGGUUGGUGUUACGCGGCGAAGCUGAAGAAGAGUGGAUGGGAAGGUGAAGUUGAGGUAAUGGAGACUAAAAAUGAAGGUCAUGUUUUUCAUUUGAAGAAUCCUAAUACUGAUAAUGCUCGUCAAGUUGUGAAGAAACUUGCAGAGUUUGUCGAUCGAAAGAGAUAACAAAUACAUAUAAGGAAUAAAUUGGUGUAUAUGUUACACAUAUAUUUUGUUGUUGUUUGGCUUUGUAAAUACUUGUAGGCCAGUUCAUGAGAUCUGUGUUCUUUAAGAAAUUAUCUCUGAAGCUGAUCAGAACUUGAGGUACAUGCAUGGUGGUGUUAACGAAGAUGGUCUUGUAUGGAGAUUGGAGAGUCCUAUCAAUGCUCCAAUGUUGUCUUGAAGAUGAUUGCUCUUGCUCUUGUUUCCACACUGUAUUGUGUCGUUUUUUGUAUGUUAAGAUGGUUUUGAGUGUCUUUAUUAACAAGAAACUCAACUGGAUUUGGUGUGUCAAUCUACGAUAUGGGAAUAUGAUAUGAUUUUAAUGAAAAUGUCUAUUGUCU